AGAAGAGGUUGUGCUUCGGAGCCACUUAUCAUUAGCCAUGGCCACAGCAAGCGACUGGACCGAGGCGCAGGCAUCAACUUAAUAUAGCGUCAUUUGGCUGCUGUUCCGCAGUUUAUUUCUCGCGGAAGCCAACGCGGGGGUCCCAUCUUGUUCAUGUUUUUUGGUUCAUGUGCGGCGAGGCGCCUGUUACUGCGUGGCAGGGUGGCUGCGAGCGUCUCCUAACUGGCCGCUGGGUCCCGCAGCUUGUCGCAGCUGAAGAAAAUAGAAGCGGUCGUCAACCGAGUGAGCCGUCGGCGACCCCCCUCCGAGGCCGUUACCUGGCGCCUCGAACGGACACACAUGGAGUAUUGACUGUGAUUUUUGCGGCGCUUUCUCGAAGGUGAAUGCAAGACAUUUGUGGCAGGAGACUUGGGUGGCUAACACCAAGUAGCUACAUAAACCCAACUCGUGCGACGACAGCUGUCAUUGGAGAAAGGAAAGUGAUCUCCCCCCUCCACUCCUCCCAAAUGUGUGUGCCAGGGAAGCGCUUUUCUGACGGAUUUAAAGCAGCUCUCCUUGCAUCCAAUGGGCAAAUUUGGGAAUAACCUUGCGGCGUUGGAAUAUAACGACAAGCGCGAUGCGAUUUUGAGAGCUGCGCUUCAUCGGAGAGAGGCUAGCUGGCUCCAUUAGCUUGCUAGCUAGCGAGCUGGUUGAUCAAACCUGGACGUUUUAUCCCCCAGCAAUUCUGGACAUGAAGAGGAUAAUUCGCUAUUCUUAGGGGCUGGAAGAAUGUCAUCAGAGGAACAGACUGUGGAACCCUCUGACCAGGGACCCUCUCCAACCUCCAGCUGUGCAGGGGCCACAUCCACAGGGAGCCCCACUCAAGCCGACAAGCGACCACGUGGCAGGCCACGCAAGGAUGCUGUUGCUGCUGCCUGCCUACCCCAGGCGUCACUGUCAGCCUCCUCUAAGAACAAAAAGAAGGGCCGCAAUAGAGGUAGGGCUACCAUGGACGAGGAGGAUAGCAUGGAUGGAACAGAGAUAACAGAGUCCACUGGCCCUCCGGACACAGAAGCAGAAGGCCAAGCAGGGGGAACUGUGGAUGCAGUGACCAGUGAUGCGCCAGAGGGCAUGCCAUCUCCUCCUCCUCCUCCUCCUCCUCCUCCUGCCCAGAGCCCUCCACCCGAGACUCUUGCAGGACCGUCUGUCCCAGCAAGCAAAAGGGUCCAAAGCAGUGAGCAUCUUUGUGCCUUCUGUUACUGUGGGACUCGUAGCCUGUUGGGUCAGGGGGAACUACAAGUGUUUAGCACCACACUGCCCUUUGAUGAGCUCCUUCGACGGAAAGAUAGUGGGGACUCGAUGAGCAAUGGCGGGAAAGACAUUGGGUCCACUGAGCCACAUGUGGCUGGCGAGACAACCUCAGGACAGCAGGAACUUACAUACGGGUCUGUAAGCGGCGAGGGAGAUCCAGACCCAGCGAGUCGAUUUUGGGACGAGCUCUCUCAUGUCGGCCUUCCACAAGAUCUCAGCGUCCAGUCUCUCUUUGAGUCAGGGCAAUGCUGGGCACAUCGGAGUUGUGCCUCAUGGUCUGAAGGUGUUUGCGAGGGCGAGGGACAAUCUCUGCUUAAUGUGGACAGAGCCAUUGACUCAGGGAGCACAAAGCACUGUGCAUACUGUAAGCGCCUUGGAGCAUCCAUUAAGUGCUGUGCUGAAGGAUGUACUCAACUCUACCAUUACCCCUGUGCGGGGGCAGCAGGGGCCUUUCAGGAUAUCAGGAGUCUGUCGCUCCUCUGCCCAGAACACAUUGAUUUGGCCAUGCAUAAAUUUGUUGACGAUGCAAAUUGCGCACUGUGCGACAGCCCAGGGGAUCUACUGGACCAACUCUUCUGCACCAGUUGUGGACAGCAUUAUCAUGGCAUUUGCCUGGACAUGGCAGUCACCCCACUAAGAAGGGCUGGCUGGCAGUGUCCUGAGUGUAAAAUCUGCCAAACAUGCAAGAACCCAGGAGAGGACACUAAAAUGCUGGUAUGUGACAUGUGUGACAAAGGCUACCAUACAUUUUGUCUGCAACCCACCAUGGACACUCUACCCACUAAUGGGUGGCGAUGUAAGAACUGCAGGGUAUGCAUCCAGUGUGGAACUCGAACCAGCGGGUUGUGGCACCACACCAGCCUGCUUUGUGAGAACUGUGUCCAAAACCAGGAUCCUGCUCUGAGCUGUCCUAUGUGUACUUGCAUAUUGGACCCUGAACAUCACAAAGACCUACUCCUCUGCCACACUUGUAAGAGAUGGCUUCACCUUGAGUGUGAGCGUCAAAACUCAGGCCAAGCAGAAAACCAGCCCAGAGAGGACUUUGUUUGCUCCAACUGCAGGUCUCCCACUGCACUGCAGGCGUGUCAACCAGAGGAUAUGGAUACUGGCCCAGAGCUUUGUCCUCAGCCAGCCUCAACGCACACAGACUCUGAGACUGGUUCACAGCUGGUUCAAAAGCACACGGACCUAGAACCUGACGUUCAGCCGCUUCCUGAAAUGCACAAUGACCCCAAGCCGGAAUUACUCGCUGCUCCGUUGCUCUCUGAUCCAGAGCCUGUUAAGGACGCCGUUCUGGAGGAGAAGCCAGUUAUGUCUGCCCAAGAGCCUGACACCGCUCUCAGAACAGACAUUAACAAUGAAAUAUACGGAACCACAGAAUUCAAACCAGAAAUAAAACCUGCAGCAAAAACCGAAGUCAUAUUUGCGGACAGUCCUGAGGCUUCAGUGAUUCUAAUAGAGGCUAAAACAACGCAGGAAGUUGCUUUACAAACCAAGCCAGCAAAUACAGAGACCUCCCCCAAACAGGGCACGGUCACCCAUAGCACAAAGGAUUUUAAGGCCAUCAUCGCAACCACCAAAGAACUAAGUACUGUAUCAGUACCUCUCACAAACCAACCAAUGGAAGUUUCACUAUCCCAGGCUUUGUGUAUGGAUGUAGCCAUGGCUUCUUUGUUGGAAAGUACUCCUAAAGACCUUAAGGACAGGACGGAUGGCAAUUUCCUUCAGUCCUCAGUCUCUGCUUCCUCAGAAGAACUUAACAGGACAUCGGAGAAGAUGCCCCAUCUUUCUUUUCCCAUGCUGUCUAUGGAGGAGAAAGCACUCAAGGCCACUGUAGAGCAGUUGGCAGAGAUGGUCACGACUCCUUCUCAUUCCAUGCCAGUGGCCCGUGGGAUAACUCCGAGAGAACCAUCCCAGACCUUUGGCGACCAGGGAAUUUUCAUGCCCACCACUACUCUUAUACCACUCACCCCCAAGAUUGGAAUGGGAAAGCCUGCUAUCACCAAAAGGAAGUUCUCUCCGGGGAGGCCACGGGUAAAACAGGGUGCAUGGAGCCCCCAUAGCAGUGUGACCUCCCCCUUGUCCUGGUCCCCAGACCAGCCAGAGGGGUCCGAUGUCCCAAAGACCAGGCAGUACUCUGGCAGCCCCAGCUGGAGCAUCAGAGUGGGUCGAGGCUCAGGCUUCCCGGGAAGGAGGAGGCCGAGAGGUGCCGGUCUGUCAGGUCGAGCUGGACGUGGCAGGGCUAGGGGCAAGAGUGGACUGUGUCCCAGUAUCAUUCCCGGGUUCCCUGCAAUAGAAACACCAUACCCAAUCAAGGAGGAGGAGGAGAAUGCCAUGCACAACACGGUGGUGAUAUUUUCCAGCAAUGACAGUUUUACACUCAAGCAGGACAUGUGUGUGGUGUGUGGGAGUUUCGGCCUUGGUGCAGAGGGCCGCCUUUUGGCUUGUGCUCAGUGUGGCCAAUGUUACCAUCCUUUCUGUGUCGGCAUUAAGAUAACUAAGGUAGUGCUCAGUAAAGGUUGGCGUUGUCUAGAGUGCACAGUGUGUGAAGCCUGCGGUCAGGCCACUGACCCUGGCCGCUUGCUUUUAUGUGAUGACUGUGACAUCAGCUAUCACACAUACUGCCUCGACCCCCCGUUGCAGAAUGUACCCAAAGACAGUUGGAAGUGCAAAUGGUGUGUGUCCUGUACGCAGUGUGGCGCCACCACUCCAGGUCUGAGGUGUGACUGGCAGAAUAACUACACCCAGUGUGCUCCCUGUGCCAGCCUUUCAACAUGCCCUGUCUGCCUGGUCACCUACAGCGAAGGCACCAUCAUUGUCCAAUGUCGACAAUGUGAUAGGUGGUUUCAUGCUUCUUGUCAAGGUCUCCAUUCAGAAGAAGAUGUUGAGAAAGCUGCAGAGAACUGCUUUGAUUGCACAAUGUGCCGAAAUUUCAAGACCACUAAAGUGUUGACCAAACCCAGAGACACCAUUGAGCCUGCUGUCAUGACACAGAUUGUCACCAAAGCAAGAGAAAUGGAUUUAUCAAGGACCUACACCCAAGAUGGGGUUUGUUUGACAGAGUCAGGACUUUGUCAGCUCCAGAGCUUGUCUGCCACGGCAUCAAGGCGCAGGAAACCCAAGCCCAAGCUCAAACUCAAGAUAAUAAACCAGAACAGUGUGGCAGUCCUCCAAGGCCCCUUGGAUCCCCUUUCAGAACACUCCCGGGAUGAGGACAUGGAGGAUGCAAGAGCGGAGACAGAGCUCCUGGAUUGCGAGGGAAAGUCUGACUCCAGCCCAGAGCGCGAGCCUGUGGAAGACGAUUCCAAGGGGGUCGACGGUAGCAAGAAGAGGAAGAGGAAACCGUACCGACCGGGGAUCGGUGGGUUCAUGGUGCGGCAGAGAAGCCGACCGGGCCAAGGUCCAGGCAAGGCUAAACGAUUGCUGUGUAGAAAGGAUUCAUCUGGUUCGAUGUCUGUGUCAGAGUGUCCCAUUGGAAAAGAAGAGGUUGGAGGGUGGACAGAGGCACAGCCCGACACACCUGUGGAUGAGACACCUCCCGGAGCAGAGGUUGCGGAAAAAAUUAAAAAACGCUACCGAAAGAAGAAAACAAAAUUGGAGGAGGCCUUUCCCACCUACCUACAGGAGGCAUUCUUUGGAAAGGACCUUCUGGACAAAAGCAAACAGAGCAGGCGGCAAGGGGUGGAGUCAGGUCUAAUUGAAGACGGGCAAAGCCAACUUGAGAGGAAGCGUCUUACCGCCGGCUUCCUGAAUUCUUCGGCAGACCCUCUGCUCAGCGCCACUGCGAGGUCCCUCGCUACCAGACCACUUGCAGAGCAGACAUCUGAGGAGCCAUUAGUUGAUCUAGCUGAUGUUUUGAAUACUGAUGCAGACAUCUUGGGAAUGCUCGGAAAACCAAGCGGUGAUUCUGGUCUUGAUUUUUGCCCCUUCCAGGUUGCUGGCUCACCUCCUCCUUUUGCUGCUCUGGACAUGGGCCCAUUAACAGAAAGCACCCCAAUAGCACCACAUGCUCAGCCUGGUCGCAGAACACCUAGAGGCCUUCCAGAAGAACCCCUGGAUGGCAUUCUUAGUCCAGAGUUAGACAAAAUGGUCACUGAUGAAUCAAUCCUCAGCAAACUGUACAAAAUCCCAGAAUUGGAGGGCAAGGAUGUAGAGGACCUCUUCACUGCAGUCCUCAGCCCCAGCACAAGCCAACCACCCCCACCACAGGUGCCUCAUCCCCAGGGUCCUGGGCCCCUCCCUACGACACCUGGCACUUGUAUGCCUCAUCCCAGCACAGGCAAUCCAAUGUUUCCAAGGAUGCCAGUGAUUAAUGGAAUGAUGGGUCCAGGCAACCGAUUCCCUUCAAAUUCAGGAGCAGGGCCCUUAAUCCCGGAAAAUUUCUCCCCUCUCAACCGUAUGCCUUUCAGUGACAAUCCCAGGGAUAGAAAGUUCUGUCAAAUGCCGAGAGAUGCACUUGGUCCAUGGCCCACCCCUACCCAUGGCCUAGGCCCCACACCGCCUGGAUCACUGCCUGAGGGGGAAACUGAAGCCAUGUCUAAUGCCCAAAGGAGUACUCUCAAGUGGGAGAAGGAGGAGACACUCGGGGAGCUUGCUACUGUAGCACCUGUCCUUUACACCAACAUCAAUUUCCCUAACCUCAAAGAGGAAUUCCCGGACUGGUCCACCAGAGUAAAGCAAAUUGCAAAACUGUGGAGGAAAGCUAGUUCACAAGACAGGGCCCCAUAUGUGCAAAAGGCAAGAGAUAACCGAGCCGCCCUGCGCAUCAACAAAGUCCAGAUGUCCAAUGAGACAGUGAAGAGGCACCAUCCACAGCAUCCACAGCCCCCUGAGGUGUUUGAUCCCAACAUACCACUAGACACAGAACUGCUGUUUAAAGACCCUUUGAAACCAAAAGAGUCAGAGCAUGAGCAAGAGUGGAAGUUUAGACAGCAAAUGAGACAGAAAAGCAAACAGCAAGCCAAAAUCGAAGCAACUCAGAAACUGGAGCAAGUCAAGAAUGAGCAACUCCAACAGCAACAGCAGCUGCAACAGACAAACAUGCAGAAUGAGGGAGAUGGCAACAACAGCGGAACCCAGAGCCCAGCUUCGCUACCUAGUAAUGGAAGCACAUCUCCAAUGCAACAGCUAAAUGCUAAAGAUAGCUUUGCGAGACCGCAGUUACCAGGGACACCAACAUCGGGCUCUUCAGAUGAUGUAUUUUUACGACCCCCUCCUCCUCCUCCAUCUGGCUCGUCUUCUCAGCCCCAGUCCCCUCAGGUUUUUUCGCCGGGCUCCACUGGGUCCAGACCUUCAUCUCCAUGGGACCCAUAUGGCAAGAUGGUAGGGACGCCAAGACCACCAACUCUUGGGCCAAAUGCGUGUCGUAGAAUACCUAUGGAAUCUGGUAAAUCACCUACGUCUUUGAUGGAACAACAGGACCGGGGGAGGCCUUCCCCUGCCCAUGACACUUUUGGCUCUCCGACAUCUAUUAGCAAUGAUCCUUAUGCUAAACCUCCUGACACUCCAAGGCCAUCUGGAGAAAUAGACCCUUUUCUGAAGCCUAUGGGGCCACCCAGGACCAGCCAUACUGCUCAGGGAAGACCUCCAAUGGGCUCGCCGGGCAGAGAUCCGUACUCAAGGCCCAUGAUAAGAAACGAGGCUUAUCAACGCAUGGCUCAAAACAGGAUGAUAUUGUCUGAUCCUUACUCAAGACCUCUACUAACUCCAAUCCCGGGAAGUAACGAGUCUGGCUCUGUACCACUUUUUAAGACACCAAUGCCCCCUCCACAGGCUCAUGAAGCCUUAUACCGACCAGGUCAACAUCCAGCAGACAGGUUCUCCCAGAAUCAACAGACGGACCCCUAUGCACAGCCCCCCCACACCCCAAGACCAUCUGGGAAUGACAACUUUACUAGUCCUCCUCGUAUGGGGCAACAUCAAGCCCAUUCAUUUGCUCAGCAAGGACAAACUGCUCAAAUGUCUAGAAAUCCUUAUUCGCAUGCACCUUCCACACCAAGGCCUGACCACUUUACAUACGACCCUUUUUCUCAGCCUGCAAAUAACACUCGACCUGAACCUAAUGCUCAACCUCGCCCUUUUUUUGAGCCUUAUGCUAGACCUCCUGGCACCCCAAGGCCACAUGACAACUAUAAUCAAUCGUCAAGCACCCCAAGCCCAUCUUCGGAUCCUUACUUGCAUGCACCUGCCAGCUCUCACCCCUGUGGAAUGAACCAGUUUCCUCAUCAGCCACACGCUCCCCAGAGGACUUCACCGUCCCACUCUGUUGACCCCUAUGCUCAGCCACCAGGUACACCCCGGCCCAAUGCUGUGGAAAGGUUUUCCAAGUCACCAGGUACAAGUCGAACACCAGUUGAGGCAUUUACUAGUCCGACUGGACCAACAAGACCAGGAAGCAAUGACAUGUUUUCGCAGCCUGGGAACCCCCGGGCAAAUGUAAAUGACCCCUAUGCUCAGCCUUCAGCAAAUGUGCAUCCUGGGCCUGAAGGAGUCAUUAGACAAGGAAUAAGGCCAGGGUCCAUAGGAGCUCAGGACCCAUUUUCUCCCUCUCAAGUAAGGCUUCAGGAACAUUUCCCUCAUUCAGGCUCACAAACACCUAAACAUCCUUGUGGACCAGAUGAGGGAUUUACCUGCUCACCCUCCAGAAGACAUAGUCAAACGCCUGGUCAUGACCCUUUUGAACAAACCCCCAUGAUCCCACGUUCUCAGGUGGAGAAGAUAGAAGUUAAAGAUCAGUCAAGCCUGGGUACCAAUACAACUGUACCUCAAGAACUGAGCCAGCUGCCAAAUACCCCUCAAAUGCCUGCUGUGUCCUCAGACCCUCAGGUUUCUAUGGCUGAAAAUGAAGAAAAACUCAGACAGCGACAGCGAAUUCGAGAACUAAUCCUGAAGCAGCAACAACAAAGGAGUGCCAUUCGACAAGAGAGGUGCCCUCAAGAGCCUCCUGGCAACCUUACUCCCAGAGCACAAAGGCCGUGGCCGCAGGAAGACACUGGACAACAGUUCAACCGACCUCCUCCACCUUACCCUGGACAAGGACCCAUAAGAGGGCCAAUGAGGUUUCCUGGACCUUUUCCAGCAGGACUUGAAGGACAAUUGCCUCGAGGUCCACUCCCCGGUGAUCCUAAUUUGAGACAUCAGGGGCCAAGGUUUUCAUUUCCAUCUGGUGCUCUUGGACCCCACCCAACUCGAGAACUGUUUCCCCGUGGGCAACAUCCAAUGCAGGAUGUCCCUCCUCAGAUGAGACGAUCUAUGUCUGCUGAAAUGACAAAAGUAGUUGGUGGUAAUCCUAUGGCUCUGCCCCAGCACUUCCCGCCACGCGGUAUGCCAGUACAGCAGCAUAACAUUAUGGGCCAGCCCUUCAUCGAACUAAGACACAGAGCAGCAGAAAACAGGCCACGCAUUGCAUAUCUACCGGUUCCCAUGCAAGGAUGCAACACGGACCCAAACAUCCAAGCUCAAAGGCCACAAGGCUUUGCAGUGACGCCAGACAACAAGAUUCCAUUAAGUCAGGGUUCCAGGAUGUUGGAUUCAAUUGCCAGUCAGACUGGCCAUGCCCCCCUUUCAGCUAGCAUGGAAAAUCUUCAUCAGCAACCCCAAAUGUCUGCAAACAAUGCACCCAAACAACCUCCUUUGAUGAGAUCCAUGAGCCAGCCUGCUCCAAAUGAGACCCAGAACAUGUCUGCAUCAAUCAUUUUGUCUUCUCCCCCAACUGGCCAGACUCAUACUGUGGCUACCAGUGAAACUGGAGAGGAGAAACUUGAUGUGGAGGAAUCUGCAGUGAAAGAUCUGGAAGAUGUAGAAGUAAAGGACUUAGUGGAUGCUGACUUGGAAAACCUUAAUUUGGAUCCUGAAGAUGGCAAAGACCUAGACCUUGAGACGAAUGAUCUACACCUUGAUGACUUUCUGACAUCUGGUAAAUUUGACAUAAUUGCUUAUACAGACCCUGAUCUUGAUGACAUCAAAAAAGACAUGUUCAACGAGGAACUGGAUCUAAGUGAUCCCAUGGAUGACAGUGCUGACACUGUAGAGAUGAACAAAAACCUGGACCCUAGUGAAAGCGAAGCAUCAUCCAGUUCAGCAACUGCACUGGAGAAGACUGAAACAACAACCGAAAAAUCAUCCACUGAGCUGAAUCUCAACCCUCCCAGUAGUCAGAACGCUGCUUCUUUGGCACAUGGUAAGGAAAUUAAAACUGAGGUCAAAGACUGCCAGAAAUCCCCUGAGAUUGCUGGGAACGACAUGGCUUCCAACCAGCAAGGGGCCCUACCUGACUCCACCCCUGUGCUGUCCAGUUUACUCAUUAAGCAGCAGCCUGAGGAGCAGUCGUUAAACCCAAUGGUUGAAUCUGUCACUCAAGGCAAUAGCCAUCUGCCUCAGCAGAAUGAAAUAACAGAGAGUGAGCAUACCCCAUCUCUUCCUGCGGGUCAGACAAUACCUAGCACCACCGUUGCUGUAGAGUCUUCUAUGGCUGACUUUGGAGAAGACCACCAGGUGGAGCAACAGGUUUUGAACCAGACAGUGGGUCAACAUGGUCAGCACCGUCCUCUUUUGCUGGAGGAACAGCCUCUCUUGUUGCAGGACCUCUUAGAUCAGGAGAAACAAGAGCAACAGCAGCAAAGACAGAUGCAGGCCAUGAUACGACAGCGUUCCAGUGACUCUUUCUUCCCCAACAUUGAUUUUGAUGCAAUUACUGACCCUAUCAUGAAAGCCAAGAUGGUCGCCCUCAAAGGCAUCAACAAAGUCAUGGUUCAAAACAAUAUUGGAAUGGCUCCAAUGGUUAUGAACAGGUUCCCAUCUGGCCCUGUAGCGCCUUGUCCUGAGAGCACACUACUUCCCCCACAAGUUGUAGGACAGGAUGGAAGAUUAACGCAAGUACCACGACCGAAUACUCCUAAUUUUGGACCGGGUUUUGUCAACAAUGCUCAAAGGGCACAGUAUGAAGAGUGGCUGCAGGAGACUCAGCAACUACUUCAAAUGCAGCAGAAAUUUCUAGAGGAGAAGAUCGGAGCUCACAGGAAGUCAAAGAAAGCUUUGUCUGCCAAGCAAAGAACGGCAAAGAAGGCAGGGAGAGAGUUCCCUGAGGAGGAUGCUGAGCAACUCAAGCAUGUCACAGAGCAACAGGGUGUAGUGCAGAAACAACUAGAACAGAUCCGCAAGCAACAGAAGGAGCAUGCUGAACUCAUUGAAGAAUACAGAGUGAAACAGCAGCAAAACAACUUAGCACCCUUGAUGCCAGCAGUACAUUCAAUGCCAGGUCCUGCUGCUCUCAUUCCUGGUGGGCCACCAAUGGGCCAGCCUCAGGUGAACCCUGUGAUACAAAUGCCACUUCAUUCUGGUCCGUCCAAUGCUGCUCCACGGAUGCCAAACCCACCACCAGGUUGGCACCCUGGGACUCGCAUGGGAGGACCUGGAAUGCCACCUAUAAUGCCCCAGCAAAUACAUACUGGAAACCCAGUGCAACCUAAUCAGAUGUCGAUGGGCAACAUGCUGCAACAUUCGCAAAUGGCAGCGGAACCUCAAUUGGCAGCAGCUCCUCAAGGGGCUGUUAAACCUAUACAGGCAGGCGGUGUGAAAUUUGAUGAUAACAAUCCAUUCAGUGAGGGCUUCCAGGAGCGGGAGAGACGUGAGAGACUCCGGGAACAACAGGAGAGGCAGCGUGUGCAGCUUAUGCAGGAAGUUGAACGGCAAAGAGCCCUCAAACAUCGCAUGGAAAUGGAGCAGCAAGGUAUGAUGGGGCCAGAUGGGAACAUGGCACCUUUCACUCAGAUGCCAUUUUUUAAUUCGGAGCUACCACAGGAGUUCAUGCAGCCCCAAAGGCUUCCUGGGCAACAACACGCACCAAUGUUCGCUCAGCAGCAAGGAAUGUGCCAAUCGAAUAGCACUUUUAUGCAUGGUGAACGGCGGCCCAUAAUGGGAAACGGGAUGAUACCUCCAGAAAUGGGGUCUGGUUUAGGGUCCGAUAACCUCGGCCUUCCGGCAUCCAACUUUCCGCAGGCUCAGACCCGACCUCGACAGUUCAAUGGGCCCGGAAUGUUGCUCUCGAUGCCAGGUGACGGUCCGCCUUUUGCGAGUGAUUCGGCAACACCUCUCCCAUCCAACUUCCCAGGCUCUGGUCAAUCUUUAAUCCAACUAUACUCCAACAUCAUACCAGACGAGAAAGGGAAAAAGAAAAGAACCCGCAAAAAGAAAAAAGAUGACGACACAGAUUCAAUCAAGACGCCUUCAACGCCACACUCAGACCUCACUGCCCCACUGACGCCAUGCGUCUCCGAUACCUCUUCCACACCAACAAGGAACCCACAUCUUUUUGGAGAACAAGAUCUGUCAAGAUCCCCGCUUGGAUGCUGUACUCCGAGUCACUCUGAGCUAGAGAGGCAACUCUCUGGAGGACAAACUGGGCUUUCGAUGGAUGCGGCCAGGGCGCAAGCUCAGGAACAUGACAGAAUCCUCAGCAAUAUCAAGUUAGAGCAGACUGACACCAGCGAGUGUCACGGGUCGAGAGAGGGGCCAGUGGGAACUGAGAUGAGCUCUGUAAAGCAGGAAGGUGGCAAAGGGGGCGCGUCCCCCUUCCCUGCCGGGCAGAGUCCAAACAAGAGUGAAGCUGGCAAUGAGCUACUGAAACACCUACUGAAAAACAAGAGUGCGACUCCACCCGAGUUCUCCCAGCAGCUGUUGGAAGAGGGCCUGCGUUCUGAAGAGGAGGAACCUGCCGACUGCAAAGCCCUGCUAAGGCAAAGCUCUGUGGACAGCACAGGGGCCUAUUCUGAUGGCACCCUGGACUUUCAAGGACAUCUUUUAAAUGAACAGGAGAAGAAGAAAGGUAGGAAUAAAAGAAUCCCCAAAGGAGGAGAGAAACCUCCCUCACGCUACAAGAAGAGGAAAAAGGAAAGCGAUGAGCGGCAACUGAUGCACUCAGGUCCUGACACAGUGAUGACCCAAAUAAAACAGCAACUCUCUCUUCUCCCCCUCAUGGAACCACUGAUCAGCGUCAACUUUGCUCACUUUGCACCCUAUGGUAGCGGUCAACUCAAUGGAGAUAAUCUCCUGUCAGGCACUUUUGGUAGUGCUUCACUGGAUGGCGUCUCCGACUAUUACUCCCAGCUGGCUUACAAGCAGAGUAACCUAAGCAAUCCACCAACACCUCCGGCAUCCCUUCCUCCCACACCGCCACCUGUGAAUCGGCAGAAAAUGAUAAAUGGCUUUGCUACAACAGAAGAGCUGGCCAGCAAAGCAGCUGCAAUGGUGUCCAAAGCCCUUGUUCCGAAGCCACUACAUGUCCCGUUUAGGACUGAAGAAGAUCUGCUAGCUCGGGCUAUUGCUCAGGGACCUAAAACGGUGGAUGUUCCUGCUUCCCUUCCAACUCCACCCCACAACAACCAGGAGGAACUGAGUAACCGAGGACAGGAGCUUUGCAAGGAAAGGGACACACCUGACAGUUUUGUUCCAUCCUCAUCUCCUGAGAGUGUGGUUGGCAUGGAAAUCAGUCGUUAUCCAGACCUGUCUUUGGUGAAGCAAGAGCCACCAUCCCCCUGCAUCUCGCCUGUACUGCCCAUACUUCCUGCACCAGAUGGGAAAGGAUCAGUGGUGAAGUUUCAAGAUAUUAAGACUGAACCUUCAGGACCAUUCUUUGGAUCCCCAUUUGGUCCCAUGUCUAAUGAUUCCAAACCAGGAAUGGUUUCUGUAGCUAUUACAUUAAGACCAUCUGCAGUAGAGAACAUCACGGGAGUGGUGGCAGCCAUUUCUGAACUGCUUUGUGUGAAGAUCCCCAGCAGUUACGAGGUCAGCAGCACCCCAGACAGGGGGCCCAUAUCUAUGCUCACUUGUCCACGCGGGGACCUUCGACCUCCCAUGAUUUUCCAUGGACAUGGAGACAAUGGAGGCCUUCAUGGUCGGCAGAUACAAAUGAUCAGGCCUGGUGGUGCAAUGGCAAUGAUGCAGCAGCAGGGGCAUCAUUUCCGCUUCCAUCCCAACAGCCCAGCACGAGGGCCUGACCAGAGAAUUGCUGGCAGCCCUGGAUGUAAACCUCACUGGUGCUGCAACUGUAAAGUGGUGGUCCUAGGAAAUGGAGUGCAAAAAUCAAUCAAAGAUCUCCCCGCGCACAUAAAGGAAUCUGUCGUUCGUUUCAAAGACGAGCUGGUCUUCUGUAGUCAGAACUGCUUCCUUCUGUACUGCUCCUCCCCAAUUCAGUCCAUGUCAUCCAUUGAAUCAAAGGAAUCACUGACCCUUGUCGCCGGCUCGGAUCAGACUGAGAUCCUCUCUAAAGCCCAGCACCAGUACAAUAACAACAUGUCGUCAAUGGAUGUUCAUUGCCUAGCCCAACUUGAGCCAAAACACUCUCCCCCGUCGACCCCUCCAAUCCCCUUCCCAAUGGCUGGUGAGACAGCCAGGUCUGACGCUAUCAAAGUGACAGUGAAGCUGAAGGCCCGGCCAAGGUCCCACGAGACUUGGCAUCAGGUAAAGAGACAAAAAGGUCUCCGAUGGAGGAAGUGGACUGUCCAGAUUGUGGUGCCUAGAGGGACCUCCCAACUCCCAGAUGAAGACAAAAUCGACGACCUCUUGAAGAAACUCGGUGCCUCUUUGCGGCCUCCUGUUUCUUUAAGGGACCACAGGCGCUGCUGUUUCUGCCACCAGUUUGGAGAUGGAAUUACGGAUGGCCCCGCUCGUUUGCUUAAUCUAGACCUGGACGUGUGGGUGCACCUCAACUGUGCCCUGUGGUCCACAGAGGUGUACGAGACACAAGCUGGUGCCCUUAUCAAUGUGGAAUUGGCGCUGCGCCGUGGCCAAACUGUUCGCUGUGUCUACUGCCAGCAGACGGGUGCCACCAGUGGCUGCCACCGCUUACGUUGUACCAAUGUCUAUCAUUUCACCUGCGCCCUGCAAGCCCAUUGCACCUUCUUUAAGGACAAGACCAUGUUGUGUCACGCCCACAGACCGCGAGGCACGGCCGGACAUGCUCUGGAGCACGAACUGCGCUGCUUCGCCGUCUUUCGCCGCGUUUACGUCCAAAGGGACGAAGUGCGUCAGAUGGCCACAGCUGUGCAGCAACCCGAGUUGGGCUACACCUUCCGGAUAGGCAGCUUGGUGCUACACGCCAUUGGCCAACUCACGCCCGCGCAAAUGGCAAACUUCCACUCUACGACCGCCAUCUUUCCAGUCGGCUAUGAGGCUUGUCGCAUAUACUGGAGCAUGCGCCACGGCAACCGCCGUUGCCGCUACGUCUGUUCUGUUGAGGAAACUGAAGGACAACCCGAAUUUACCAUCAGAGUCAUUGAACAGGGCUACGAAGACCUGGUCCUUACCGACACCUCUGCUAAAGGAGUGUGGGAUAAGGUUCUGGGUCCUGUUGCAGAAAAAAGAACUGAAUCAGGCACACUGAAGCUCUUCCCCGUUUAUCUUAAAGGGGAGGACCUCUUUGGCCUUACAGCAUCUUCUGUUGCCAAGAUCACUGAAUCGCUGCCUGGAGUGGAAGCUUGUGAAAGGUACUCAUUCCGUUACGGACGCAACCCGUCCAUGGAAUUGCCUCUCCUGUUCAAUCCGGCUGGCUGUGCCAGGGCCCAACAAAGAACCAAAUCUCGUCGCACCCCUCUGGUCAUCAGGCCGCAGGCGCAAGCGGUAUCUGGUAGCAGUGCCAGGUCUAACCAGAAUGUGACCGUGGGAGAAGGUGGCGCACCCCACAGCAAACCGCCAGUAGUGCAUCCCAGAUCUUCACAGUACCGCUGGAUGAAGAGCGAGUGGAGAGCCAAUGUCUACCUGGCCCGCUCGCGCAUCCAGGGUCUGGGGCUGUUUGCUGCUCGAGACAUGGAAAAACAAGCAAUGGUGAUCGAGUAUAAUGGAACAGUUCUCCGUAAUGAGGUAGCGAUCAGGAAGGACAAGGUCUAUAGAUCUCAGAAUCGAGCUGUCUUUAUGUUUCGCAUUGACAGUGAGCAUGUUGUCGAUGCAACUCUAUCAGGAGGGCUUGCCAGAUACAUCAACCACUCUUGUGCUCCAAACUGUGUUGCCGAAGUGGUAACGUUCGAAAGAGGUUACAAAAUCAUCAUCAGCUGCAUCCGCCGGAUUGAAAGGGGAGAGGAGCUUUGUUUCGACCACCAGUUUGACCCCGUCGCCAGUCAGCACAAGGUGGCGUGCCACUGUGGUGCCCCAGAAUGCAGGAAGUGGAUCAACUGAGCAAAGAGACGGCAAUCAUAAUGAUGACCCUUAAGCAUUCCCGCUUCUCGUCUGAAGGUGCUGAGAAAGCUCUGUUUCACACUAAAGUGGUUUUGUGAACGAGCAGAAGGCAUCCGAGUUGGAUGGAGGUGAAUGGAACACAGUAGCAGAAUGCGACGUGUGCCAUAUGUGCGAGGCUGUUGCAUUGGUGACGCCUCUGUCUGUCUGUCUGGUCUGUCUGUUUGAGCGUGCGUGUUUGUAAACAAGAGUGUGGCUUACGUGGGGUGUGUUAUUCACCAACGAAUGAGAACGCACUGUGCAGGGUGCGGCCUUAUUGCUUACUAAGGGCAGGCCCUUUUGUGUGCGUGUGUGUUUGUGUGCGCGCGCGCAUGUAUGCGUGUGUGUUUGCGUCGUACUACGUGUAUGACUAAAUGUAGACAUCACUGAAUGAGGAAUGUACAGCAAUGAAUACUGCGAAGGGAAUAUUAACUUGCACUAAAAAAACAACAAAAAUGGAGAAAAAAAAAAGGACGCACGCACACACACACAACUUUAAAAAUACUUGAUUCCAUGAGUCAGUUUUAUCAUAGGUCUCCGUCAUGUGAUUUGUGUGGAAUUUUGUAUUUAUUACCGAGUGAAUGAUUUCGAUUCUCUACGUGAUGAGUUGAAGAAGGCUAGAUAUGUUUGUGAAGUUAGAAGAAGACACGCUGUUACUUUUUUUUGUAUAAAUGUACAUAAAGAAAAAGUAUAGGAAUAACCGACCAAAUACUACCUUAACUUUCUCGAUGUUGGGUGUUUUUAAAUUGUUUUUCUCCUUCUCCUUCCUGUUAUGUUUGUCAAUGAAAUUUAUUUAAGAUGAACGUUAUUUCUGUUUGAGAGAAUAUACUAUGAUUAUUAUGUACAGAAUUUGUAAUAUAACCACAAUAAUUCACAAAGUAUUUUUGUUGUAAGAGUAAGGUAUUGUAGCUGUAGUGUUUUGUGACUUAUACACACUUAAACCACUCAAACAAACAUGAAAUAUAUUUUUGUUGAUAAAUGAUCAGUCGCAGAAUAAAAAUAUCAACUCUCCAAAUGGCGACAGAAUGUUUGCGUCUGUUUGCCAUUAAUCAGGUUUGAUUUUAAAUGAACUGUGAAUUAGGUUUUGAAACCCAAAAGGACAACUUUUUAACUUUUUAACACAAAUAGGAUCACGGACGUAUAUUUGUUGUUUUUAUGUUGCUUUUAAAACAAGGUGCAAGUGUCUGAUGAUUUUGACAAACCAGCGUGUGCGCGUGUAUGUGUAUAUUUGUGAAGAGAGAACUGCCAGGGAACUUUUGCCACUGUCGCUUUCUCUCGCUCUUUUGGAUAGAAAUGGCAUUGUCUUUAAUCAGAACUAUUUCUUAUACUGACACAGUCACACAUCACAUGCGUAGAAAAUGGAAACUUUUUUUGCGUGCACAAUUUCAAGUGGACUGUAAAAUUUUCAAGACAGUCUUAGAACUUGUAAUGUAUAUGGCAUGUAUUUUUUUAACUUUCUGAAGACUCAAUUGUAUAUAUUUUCUCAAUGAAUGGUUGUAACAAAAUUGUUUCUUGGAUUUUUUUUCCCCCCCCCUCCCCAAUUUUUCUGUAUGAUACAUCAUCCAGCCAGUGUGUUUGUGCUCCCUUUUCUUGGUCCUGUAAAGUAGUCCAAUUUUUCUAUAUUUUACCCUUUCACUUUUUAAUUUUUUUUUUUUCCCGCUGUUUGUUUUUGAAAAUGCCUUCUGGAGUGUACAGAGUAUGAAGUUUGAAGUUUGUGGAAUUGAAUUUAGAAACAUUUACAAAAAUAAACUAUUUUACAUGUUAACAUGUUGUGUUUGUGUGCAUAACCAACCGCGAGGUAUGCCGAGGAGGAGCU